AUGCCCAUGUGCUCAAUAUCCAAAUGUCAUGGGUCUUAUAAAGAUAUCGGCGUAACUUUACAUAGACUACCAAAAGAUGACAGUCAAAGAAUACAGUGGGAAGGGAAUAUAAAAAAUCAUAUUACAAAUUUUUGUAGUAGAAAAAAUAUCUUCAUCUGCAGUAGGCAUUUUUUACAAGAAUGCUUUUACAAAGAAGGUUCUAAAAUGUUGCUCAAAAAAACAUCAGUUCCUACAGUGUUUCCAAAGAUUUUAUCAAAUGAUCAAGCAGAUACUCUAUCUGAAAUGCAAUCACCAAUAAUGAUAGAGAAAAAAUCAACUGAUGAACCAACUGGUAUUGAUGCAUUGACACCUAGAAGCUUGAAAAGGAAAGCUAAAAAAUUAGAUAUAUUAUUAAAAACUACCAGAAAAGUUCUAUAUAACUACAACAAAAAAAUUAAAAGAUUAAAAGUCAAACUUGAAGUAUAUAGAAAUGAAAUUAAGAUGUUGAAAAAAUACAACGAUGAACUUACUUCAACAUUACUUUCAUAUUCAGUUAAAUUAGUGGCUCACAUAUUGAGUAAUUCGGUGGCCAAAGCCUUAAGAUGUUCAAGUAACUGUGAAGAAUUUAGAGAUUGUAGAGCAACUGUACAAUUCCUGGAAAAAAUGAAUAUAUUGUUUGAUAUAAUGAAUAGGAGAAGCAAUGAUAAUCCAAAUGUCCAGCAACUGCAUUCUAUUUUCAAAAAAGUGUACUAUAGAUGUGGUAUUGUCCCUGGAAAAACAGGGAAUGUACAGGAACAAAUGAUUGUUGAAUCAGAAUUUAAAGUUCCAGAGGAUCAAUUUAAAGAUAUUUUUGAAGAGACGUAUUUAGAUUCACAAAUAAUGACAUCUAAUACCAUGUCCACUGUCAUUGAAAAUCCAUCUAACACCAUGUCCACUAUCAUCGACAGUGCAGUAGCGUAUAUUGCUGGAUGGGUUGUUAGAAAAGUUGCCAAAACAAUCGAUUGUAACAAGUGUAGAUUUACACUUAUUGAUAUAAAAAGACAAGCUACCAUGUUACACCAACAGCUUCUGAUACUAAAAGACAAUGGUGUUCUAGUUUUCCCAUCCUGUGGUGUUGUUCAGGUCAGAAAAUAA